GUGGUGGGUAUGAAAGAGCUCGAGCUCCGACAGCAGCAGAAGACAGGCAGUCUUCAACGCAGAGAAACCACAGCAUCAGCAGCAUCACCCAGCAGUCAGCGGAGGAACGCCACACUGCGUGUCCACGUCUCAUUUCUCCGUGUGUCGCUGUGUUAUUUGGGUGAAGAGGAGCUGAUAAGGCUGAAGCUUUAUGACUCUGAAGUGCAGCAGAGGACUUUAUCCACAGAGCGAGCUAGUUAGCUAACCGCCAGACUCCCUCCAUCCACUGACUCUGCACCAUCCUUGAGCUGAGGGGGGACAACUUUCAUCAUGGCAAGAUUUCCAAACGGAGACUAUAAAUGUGGCACUUUCAAGACAAUGGACUGGCACUUUGCUCAGCUAGAGUACCCAAGAUAAAUACUUAUAAAUUGGACAGCUCAUGGAUGGCAGAUUUCAUCUUCAUGUCUCACUACAUAGUUGCUCCUGAAGUUGCAUGGUAAUGAGGUGAUAUUUCAGAAGCCAUCUUCUUUGAAGUUUUUAAGGACCUAUGUUUGUUGAAACCCAGUAACUGAACCAUGGACAUACACUGGCUGUAAAGACUGUCUGAAACAUCUGACAUCACAUCUGUCUCCAGGUCGGAAACUCCCCAGACCUUGUUUGUGGGUCAACAUGUCAGUGUCAGGGGGCACGACUGUGCAGCUGUUCACCAAGCUCGUCAAGCAUGCGGUGGGCAAGGCACAGAUUCAGCUGAACCGCUGGCUGCAUAGAAGUGCCACAGAAGAUUGUGACAAGAUUGACAUACUGAUAUGCAGCGCCUUUGAGGAGAGAGGGGCUGGUACAGUAAAGUCGGAUGGCGACCCUGAGGUUAUUAUUGACUCAGUCGGGACGGGUUUCACCAGUGGAGAGUUCAGGCAUCCAUGCUGCAUCACCACCUUUUGCUUCAAAAGCGCCCUGCUGGCCUGCAUCCUGACUGCCUUGUGCUUCUCCUCUGUUGCCCUUGUGCGCCAAUACCUCAAGGACCUCCUGCUCUGGGUGGAGAGCUUAGACAGCCUCGUUGGAGCCUUUCUCUUCAUCGUUGGUUUGAUUAUUGUGUCAUUCCCUUGUGGAUGGGGAUAUAUUGUUCUUAAUGUGGCAGCUGGCUACCUCUAUGGCUUUGUGCUGGGCAUGGGAAUAGUCAUGGUGGGAGUUUUGAUAGGGACCUUUCUGGCACAUCUGGUGUGCAAACGCUUCUUGACUAACUGGGUCCUGAAUAAGGUUGGGAACAGUGAACAGCUCAGCGCUGUCAUACGAGUGGUGGAAGGAGGAAGCGGACUUAAAGUUGUGGCCUUAGCGAGACUCACCCCCAUACCCUUUGGGCUACAAAAUGCAGUUUUCUCGAUCACAGAUGUGUCCUUGCCAAACUACCUGGUGGCCUCCUCUGUGGGUCUGUUACCCACUCAGCUUCUCAAUUCCUACCUGGGCACCACACUUCGCACAAUGGAGGACGUUAUCGCUGAGCAGCGCAUCAGCGGCUACUUUGUGUUUAGCUUGCAGAUUGUCAUCAGCAUCGGCCUGAUGUUCUACGUCGUGCACCGGGCUCAGGUUGAGCUCAACGCCGCCAUCGCAGCAUGCCAGAUGGAGCUGAAGUCGUCGCACAUGAACGGGUCGUCCACCAAUCACAGCAGCUUCACCUACUGCAGCAAGAGGGCAGCAGCUGGCAACGCGAACUGCAUCAAUGUGGUUUGACUUCACAUCAUCUGCUGCAGAUGAGCUGUUAAGACUGGUAUAACUAUAGGAAACUAUUGGAGUUUAGACGGUGACAGAAGUACACUGAUGGCGGUGUGGUUAACGUCAUCACCUGGGUCAGAGAAAUUCUGACAGUGAGACUCUGACAGUCUCUAGUCGGUAAAUUUUUUUUUGUUUGCGGGACCAUGCACCUUUUGAAGAAAAGGUGCUGAUGAAAAAUAGGUUUGAGGUUUAUCAGUGUGGGAUUUUUUCUUUUUUGUAUGAUUAUGAUUUUCGUCAAGGUACUUAACAUUAACUCUGUUACAGGAGAUGUCAAUAAAAAAAAAAAAGAUGUUUAGUCAUAUCAGCAGUUGCUGAACGAGUGAGUGAUUAAAAAAAAACGAGCACGGCGUUAACUGCCUGCGAACACUAUGAAUGUGCAAUCUGGAGCUUUCUAGACAACCAAGGGACUGUUUUCAGUGUCAAGAGAAUGCCAACCUAUGCACCUUUAUCUCAUACUACAUCUGUUUUUGUUUGAUUUCAGGACAUGUUAGGAUUUUUGUCAAGAUCCAGUGCUAAUUUAUGACAAAUAAUAAGGGCAUUUUUAAUAAGGGCAGAUUUGUUUUUUCAGUGUAGUAUAUUUUAUGAAGUGUCUUAUUUUUUUUUGACCUGUAAAGGGAAGGGAGAAGCGCCGACACUGACCGGUCGCUCUGACCGUGUGAUUUCUGCUUGCUUAUGACCAAAUCAGCUGGAUUUUGGCUUCGUCUCCCCGCAGAUCAUUUUAGCACUUCUGCAGUUUAGAGCGGAGCAGCUGGAGAGGAGAGCAGAUUUCACUGAACUCCGUUCAGGAGAAGUGCAGCGUGAGCAGCUAAGAACCGGUACUGAACGAAAACUGCGUUCAGUAUGAGUUGAGCUUUUCCUUUUGCCUUUUUUGUUUUAAUUUAAUAUCAUACUGUUAUUCCAUACGGUUAUCGUUUUGACAAUGGUGUGCAAUACAUGGGUGAUGAGGUGUCAUGAAUGUCAUGUAUUUGAGUGCUGAAACCAAACUAAUCAGAAAUGCUCUAUAAAAUAACACAAGUGAAGUCUGUUCUUUUUUUUCCGUUUUUUACUUGCAUAGACGGUUAAGCUAGAUGAAAAAAAGAGGCCGUUAUUCUUUAUGUGCCAUAAUUUGAUAAAUCUGAGGUUAAGUGUGACAUGACUUAAAAUUUUAGCACUUAAUGUUGUCGAUAAUGGUCCAAAAUUACCUUUUGAGGAUAAUAAAUCAACACGGCUGUCAUUGUGUGGGUCUGUAUGCACAGUUCACAUUACCAAAUUAUAAAAGGAGGGGGUUUGUUUGGUCAGGAGAUGGAACAGAUGUGUGUCAGAAGCUGACAAUCAAACACAACUUGGACACUUGAGUGAUGAAUGUGACACUAUUUAUUUUUACAUGAAGUAUUGUGAUGCUGCUCCUCGUUCGAAAUCUGACUGAGGAAUAAUAAGGGCUCUCCACCUUGUCCCCGCGUUUCUUCAAAAAGCCUGUACAACUUUUUAUUUCCAUUUUAAUAUUGUGUAGUAUUGUAUUGGAAGUUCAUCUGAAAAACUUUAGAGUUAAUACUAAAUGUUUAAAAGUCAAAAGGGCCCCUACUGUCCUAAUUUAGCAAUAAUGCUUGAAAGUCAAAAGCAAAAAAAAAAAGAAAGAUAAAAUUAAGCCAAGUGUUUGGUAGUUGAUAUCUAUUUUAAGAGCGAUUUGAAAACAUUUGAGGUGUUCGUCGAUCCAUCAUCAACAUUUCUAUAUUAAUGUUCCAGUGUUCAACCUGCCUUUUGCCUCCUUCUGCCUCUGAUGGACAUUUCUAUGUUGCCCAAGAUGUGGAAGAGAAACCCCGACAUCUCUGAUCAGAACAGCACUUUCUUAAACAGCUCUCUCACUCCUCUGUUACACGAAAAUCUUCUCGAUUGAGCGUCUGUCCACCGACUUACCUGAACUGUAAGUUAAAACCGAAAAAAGAGCGGCGAGCGUGUUUUACGACAUCCCUUCGUCUCACUUUGAAAGGCGUGGACAUACAUUUUUUAUUGGUAAACCAGAGGACUAAAGUCUUGCGUGUGACUCGUGCAGCUGUUCUGCUCAGAUGUGGGAAAGAAAUGAACAUUUUGCCAUGUUUAAUGCAAAAAUGAGCUCUGUGAAACUUGACGAGCCACCGUGCACACACUUCAUAAUAUUGUUAACUUCUCAACUGGUGUUUUUGAAAUGGACAGAAUAUUGAGGAAGAACAAAAACAAGCUGGAAAUUUUACAGCAAAGGUUUUUGGUUCUUUGUUGGUGGACUCUAUUUAACUUAGAUUUAGUUAUGCAACAACUGAUUCCUAAGGGAAGUAUAUUUCAUAGACACCCACACGCGACCCGUAUCUGGGAUGUAACUGCACACCUGACCUCUUACAAUGUGAGAUCAGAAACUUAAAAGGCGGGCGUGGAGGGUCAUGUUCGGUGCUAUGAAAUGCAACACUUCCCCGCCUGUAUCAAGUGCAUUACACAUAUACUGUAUUUUGUAAUAGAGAGACUUUUACAGUGUAUAAAUAUUGAUAUUUAUCACUGUACAAUGCUUGUUCAGUGUUAUUUAUGAGAGAAGAUAAAAAUAAAACCUGUCAGGCUUUGUUACAAAA